UCUCAAACACUCAGAGAACCAGGAAGUAACUCCUCAUUUCAGUGAAAACAAAACUGAUCUCUUUCUCUUUCUCAGUGUGUGAGUUCAGGAAAAUGGCUGAAGCCAGUAUUUCAGCAGAUCAAUUUUCAGUGGACCAGUUCAGCUGUCCAGUCUGUCUGGAUCUCCUGAAGGAUCCGGUGACUAUCCACUGUGGUCACAGUUUCUGUAAGGUGUGUAUUAAUGGCUGCUGGGAUCAGGAGGAUCAGAAGGGCGUCUACAGCUGUCCUCAGUGCAGAGACACUUUCACUCCAAGGCCUGUUCUACGCAGAAACAACAUGUUGGCUGACGUGGUGGAGAAACUGAAGAAGACUGAACUCCAAGCUGCUUCUCCUGCUCACUGUUACGCUGGACCCGGAGAUGUGGAGUGUGAUUUCUGCACUGGGAGAAAACGCAAAGCCAUCAAGACCUGUCUGAUAUGUUUGACUUCAUUUUGUGAAAGUCACCUGAAACCUCAUCUGGAAAUUUCUGGUUUAAAGAAACACACAUUAAUUGAAGCUUCAGCAAAACUACAAGAGAAGAUCUGCUCUGAACAUAACAAGCUGAUCAAGAUCUACUGUCGUACUGAUCAAACCUGGAUUUGUUAUUUGUGUACGAUGGAUAAUCACAAAGGUCACGACACUGUCACAGCCGCAGCAGAAAGAGCUGAGAAACAGCGUAAGUUAAAGGAGGAGCAGAAGAAAUCCCAGCAGAGAAUAAAGGAGAAGCAGAAGAAGGUGCAGGAGCUGAAACAGGCUGUGAACACUAUAAAGCUGAGUGCACAGACAGCAGUGGAGGACAGUGAAAGGAUCUUUACUGAGCUGAUCAGCUCCAUGGAGAAAAAGCACUCGGAGGUGACGGAGCUGAUUAGAGCUCAGGAGAAGGCUGAACUGAGUCAAGCUGAACGACUCCUGGAGCAACUGGAGCAGGAGAUUGCUGAUCUUCAGAGGAGAGUCACUGAGCUGGAGCAGCUUUCACACACACACGAUCACAUCCAGUUCCUCCAGCUCUCUGUAGCUUCUGGACGUCAGUCUCCCCCACUACAUAGACCAGACUUUCACACAUCCAGCAUCACUGUCCAUCAACAUCUCUCAUUUGAUGGAGUGAGAAAUUCUCUCUCAGAUCUGAAAAAGAGACUCGAGGAAUUCUGUGAGGAGGAAUUCAACAAAAUCCCUUCACAUGCUGCGGCAGUUCAGAUCAUUGCACCACCAGAGCCACAGAGCAGAGAAGAUUUUCUGAAAUAUUUCUGUUAUCUGACUCUGGAUCCCAACACGGCACAUCGUAACCUCAUUCCGUCUGAGAAGAACAGAGCGGUGAGACGCAGUGAGAGAGAGCAGCAGUACUCUGAUCAUCCAGAGAGAUUUGAUUACUGGUAUCAGGUGUUGUGUAAGGAGAGUGUGUGUGGACGCUGUUACUGGGAGGUGGAGUGGAGCGGUGAUGGUGUGUCCGUAUCAGUCUCAUAUAAAGACAUCAGCAGGAAAGGACGGGGUAAUGAGUGUGUGUUUGGACUCAACAAUCAGUCCUGGAGUCUGCAGUAUUCUUCUUCUUCUUCUCCUCUCUGUUUCUAUCACAACAACAUUAAGACUAAACUCAGAGUUCCAUCAUCCCCCAGAAUAGGAGUGUAUGUGGAUCACAGUGCAGGAACUCUGUCCUUCUACAGCGUCUCUGACACGAUGAAGCUCCUCCACAGAGUCCACACCACAUUCACUCAGCCUCUAUAUGCUGGGUUUGGGUUCUACUGGAGGUUUGGGUUCUCCUUGUUUUCUACUGUGAGAUUGUGUGAUCCAAAAUAAAGUGUGUAGUGUUUUAUGUAAAAUUAAAAAAUUAAAAAGGAAAUGUUAAAAAUGAACUGUCAGUCCAGAAACUAGUAAAAUUUCAGGAGAAAAGGAUGGAGGAGUGAGAAGUGCAGCGCGCGAGCUGUGUGAGUUGUGCUGAAAUCGGUGACGCAGAGAAAUCUGUGACUAGAGGUCACUGUUCAGUAAAUGUUCAAGAUUGCAGCUUCUGUCUUUUCUGUUUGUGUUUUAUGAUUGUGAUUGUUAAUUAAACGAUGUGUACUCCA